AUGAAGCCCACCAGCCUCCUCCUCCUCCCACUCUCCCUCCUCUUCACAACCACCCUCUCCCUCCCCUCCAACACCCCCCGCGCCGCCCUCGCCACAGGACAAUACUUCUGGACCGUCACCAACUACACCGAAGGCUGUUCGCCCGGCGGGUGCGCAUACAGCAUGACGCUCUCCACGCACAGCUCGACAGAAAACGAACCAGCAUUCAGCACCACCUGCAAGGGCACCAACGUCGCAACCGCAUACCAAGCCUGCGAGGACCCGGCGAUCGCGACACGCGAGGUCAACGGCUUCCAGAACGUUACGUUGGCUGUGAGACAUAUCUAUGAUGUGGGCGAGGCCCAGUAUACGAUUAGGGGGAAUAUCACUAUUAAGGUCCCUGAGGCGCCGACGACUUUUGAUGUUCCGCAGUUGGAGAUUAGCGCUAUUGCGUAG